AUGGAGGCACUGAGAGCUUCUUACGGUGACUCUUCAUCUGACUCCGACACCGAUGAUCUUUCCCCGGCGAGUUCCAUCGGAGAAAAAUCAACCUCUAGAAAGCACGAGAGUGAGUCGAUUCCGCUUCCUCCUCCGCCGCUUUUGCUUCUCGAUUCCAUUGGAUCCACAGAUUUCUUCUCAACGGAGCGAGUAAGGAACUUUCCUCACGUCGACGGAAAUUACGCCUUGCACGUUUACAUCCCUGUUUAUAUACCUGUGUUGGCGAAGAAGGAGAUGGUAUGUUUCUUAAAGAGAGUUGAAUCAGUUGUUCCUCAUCUUCAUUUGGUGGAAGCUGAUGUUCCACUCAACAUUCUAUGCAAAGAUGACCAGAAGCUUGAGCAUGCCUUGGGGAGAGAGUUCCACAUAAGCUUGGGAAGAAGCGUCCCUCUUCGUGUUCAUCAAAUUAACUCAGUUGUUUCUAUGCUUCGACAAAAACUCCAGUUUCAGAGGAGAUAUGUGAUCGAUUUCAAUAAGUGGGAAGUCUUUGUGAAUGACGACUGUACACGCUCUUUCCUUUCUUUGGAAAUCACCACUUCAGGACUAUCUGAGAUAAGUACGCAAAUUGAUGCUGUUAAUGAAGUUUACAGGCUUCACAAUCUGCCAGAGUUCUACAAGGAUCCGCGGCCGCAUAUAUCCUUGGUCUGGGCGUUGGGAGAUAUUAGAACUUCCCUAAAGCUAGCUGUUGACGGGGAACUGAGGAAGCUUAGAGCUGGCGGUUGCGCCAAGAAUCGUAUCUUCACCUCUAAGUUUUGUGGGAUCGAUUGUAAGGUAUGCAUUUGUAAUGACAUUGAAGCAUGA